AUGACCGAGCCGCUCGAAUCGAUCGAUGGCGGAAAGCCCUGGUAUUACUGCCCCAAGCUGAUGGUCCUCGGUGAAAGCCCGAUCUAUCGAGCUAGCGACUCGACCCUGCACUGGGUAGACUGUCUCUCCGAGCCCCCAGAGCUAAGCAUUCUCAAAGUGGACCCUCACACAAGCGACGCCAUUGGAGAGGCGCGUGUCCUUCCCCUCGAAGACAGCGUGACAGUGGCGUUCUUCCGCAAAAAUCGACCCGGCAGUUACAUUGCCGCCUACUACCAAGGAGUAUGUUUCUUGGACGAGGAGACGGACCAGUUCGAGGUCGUCAAAGAAAUCAUCCCCACCGACCAACGGGAUGAGCUCCGCUUCAAUGAUGGCGGCAUCGACGCAAAGGGCCGGUUUUGGCUGGCUGAGAUCGAUAAGCGGGCGAUGGCAUUUGAACCUAACCAACUUCCGGCUAGCUAUGGAACUCUGCGGGGCCGACUAUGGAGGUACGAUCCGGAUGGUACCCUGCACCUGAUGAUUCCCGAGGGAGUGGUGUGCGGGAAUGGGCUUGCAUGGAGUCCAGAUAACACGACCAUGUACUUCAAUGACUCGGUUGCGAUGGUGGUCUUCGCAUUCGACUUUGACUUGGAAACGGGUAAUAUCUCGAACAAACGACUUCUUGUCGAUAGACGCUCAUCCCCGGAAGGCAAGCACCUGAAAGAUAUCGUGGUGACCGCCAAGAACCCAGCCUGCACCACAUGGGGAGGAGUUAAUCAGUUCAUGGCCAGUGGGAAAGAUCGGUCUGCCAAUCCAGAGCCCAAUGAUGAGGGCGGACAUAUGUUCAAGUAUCAUCCUGGGGAUGCUCGGGGUCGGGUGUAUGGACAUAUCAUUGGAAGGAAGAAAUACAUUGCGCUCAUCUUUGGGACUUAA